AUGUGGCCUCCUUGCAGGUCACUGCGCAACUUGGCUCCAGCCUUGGCGAGGUCGCAGGGAGCUCGGGCCUGCAGUGGGGACGAACGUGUCUCCUACACACAGGGCCAAAGCCCGGAGCCCAGAACCCGCGAGUAUUUCUACUACGUGGAUCACCAGGGCCAGCUUUUCCUGGAUGACUCCAAAAUGAAGAACUUUGUCACCUGCUUCAAAGACCUGCAGUUCCUGGUCACCUUCUUCUCCCGUCUGAGACCUAACCAGAGCGGGCGCUACGAGGCCUCCUUCCCCUUCCUCUCUCUCUGCGGCAGGGAGCGUAACUUCCUGCGCUGCGAAGACCGGCCCGUGGUCUUCACGCACCUGCUGGCCGCCGACAGCGCGUCCCCUCGCCUGUCCUACUGCGGCGGCGCCGAGGCCCUGGCCGUACCCUUUGAGCCGGCUCGCUUGCUCCCCCUGGCGGCCAACGGGCGCCUGUACCACCCGGCGCCGGCGCGCGCGGGCGGCGUGGGCCUAGUGCGCUCGGCCCUGGCCUUCGAGCUCAGUGCCUGCUUCGAGUACGGGUCUGGCUCCCCCGCGGUCCCCUCUCACGUGCACUGGCAAGGGCGCCGCAUCGCCCUAACUAUGGAUCUGGCCCCGCUGCUGCCCACUGCCCCGCCGCCCUGA